CGCAGGUGGGCCCACAAAGCCAACUGUGUCGCUAUAUAACUGCGAAGGGUCAUUCUUAUGUGUCCCCGACUGUGUCCAGAGACGUGUUAAGAAGCUCCUCGCAAUGGCACCCAAGAAGGCAAAGAAGAAGACGGCUGAGGCCAGCUCCAAUGUGUUCAGCAUGUUUGAGCAGGCACAGAUCCAGGAGUUCAAGGAGGCUUUCACCAUCAUGGACCAGAACAGAGACGGCUUCAUCGACAAGAGUGACUUGAGGGACACAUUCUGUGCUCUGGGUCGUCUCAACGUAGGCAACGAUGAGCUGGACGAGAUGGUCAAGGAGGCCCCUGGCCCCAUCAACUUCACCAUCUUCCUCUCCAUGUUUGGCGAGAAGCUUAAAGGUACGGACCCCGAGGAGACCAUUCUUAACGCCUUUAAGAUCUUUGACCCUGAGGGAAAGGGUGUGCUCAGAGGAGAAGAGAUCAAAUAUCAUCUCAUGUCUCAGGCAGACAAGUUCACAGAGACUGAGAUCAAUGACAUGUUCACCAACUUCCCCCUGGACGUCGCUGGCAACUUGGACUACAAGAACCUGUGUUACGUCAUCACCCACGGAGAGGACAAGGAGCAGGAGUAAAGGAGCCAAUCACACACCCACAAUUACCUGUUAAUCGUCUUGGUCCGCCCUCCCCGUCUUCAGUGCCUCAUACGUGUCAUCAUAUCCCCUCCCACAACACACCAUCCCCACCACAAUAAAAGUUUCAUAAAA